AUUAAUGUCGCAUCAGUAUCGUGUUCAAAAUGUGCUUGUUAUUAUUUUUGAAAAUCAUCAAAGCCCGUAACUAAUUCGGUCAGUACAACCCAUAUGACGACUAAUCGUAAUAAUGCAUUUUUGAUUAGAACUUAGCGUAUAGUGUAUACUAAUUAUUUGCACAAUUUGCACGAUGCCGUUUUUUUCCGACUACGGCAAUUACUUGCACGGGUCGGCUCCGUUCUCCUCGCAAUAUUACAGUCAGUUGCUGCCCUACCCUGGGUCGAACCCCGGGGGCCGGACGGCGCUCCGGGCGCAUGCGGCGCGUAGUAACUACAACUCGAUGGUGGUCGAACAGACACUGAGGGCCAUACGUAGAGGCCCGGCCGCGUUGGCUGCCCGACACUACGCCCGACCGGUGCACGUAAACGCUUCGGAAAUCGACGUGACGUCGCCGCGGCGGCCGCGGCGGACGACCGCAACAGAAACAGCGGCGGACAAUGUCGCCGGCGGCGUCGGUGGUGGCAGCGUCAUACACCGUGGUCGCACGGUGGUCCGGUUGCACACGAACAAAAACAACAACAAGAGGUCAGAAAAACUGGUCGAGAACCAGACGGUACCAACGGUCACCGUCGCGGACAUCGAGCCGUCGGCGCGCUGCACCGUGGGUUCGGCGCUGCUGUUCGAAGAAGGCUUGGCGAAAAAAGGCACCAUAAAGCGGCACACGUCCGCGGGUGUCAAAGUGCCCGUAAACGAUGACCGCCGGCCGUCCGUCACCGACGAGAUAUUGCGCGAGCAGGAGGCGCUCUUUGACACGAUGAUCAUGGAGGAAAUGGAAGGGCAGCAGAAAAGGGUACGGCGCAAGAGCUACCCGGUGGACAUGGGUGGCGGUGGUGGUGGUGGUGGGGAUGGAAAGCAGCCGCAUAGGACCAGGGAAAUGCGGAAAAAAUCUGUGGCUGCGGCCAUGGUGUAUGGAGAACACGUGGACAAACUGGCCAAGAACAAGACCGCCGGCACCAACUGGAAGUUGAACUACGACGUGAUCAUCGAGGAGAGCGGCAUCGAACCGGUAAGUUUUACGUUCAAGCUGAACAAUACGACGAAAAAAGAGAGCGACAGUCGAAGCAGUGAUAACGGUAAGCUCGACGCUAACCAUAACGUAGUCAUCAGAAAAUCGCAUGAUAACGAUAAUGAACGCGACAAAAAAAACAACAACAACAAAAAGCAUGCAAAAACUGUAAUUAAUAAAAAUCAGAGUAAUAAUGAUAAUUCGGAAGGUGGUGCAGUUGGCGUGUUGCCGAAAAAGACGAAAGUAGUGAAGAAGAAAAUAAUCGUCAAGAAGAAGGUAGUCAAAAAGAAGGAAAAGGAAGAGAAGGAGGAAAAAGAGGAGCUAGCCGAAAACCAGCAGGACAAACAGGGGUUGCAGAAGAAAAAGACCCCUUCGCCGCCAAAAAAAGGCAGUUCUUCGAACGCUGCAGUUGCAGCGCCCGCUGUGAUUACGCCGUUUGUGCGUGCGUCUUUUGGCAAGACGUUCAUAUCGCCGUCACAAGUGAGCAGCACGAAGAGCAAGUUCGAAAAGCCAAAGCCCAAAAUCAAACUGGAAACGCCGCCGCCGCCGACACCACCGGCCCCGAUAACGCCGCCCGCCGCCGACAGUGGAUCUUCGUCCGGUGAGGACGAAUCGUCCGACGAAGAUGACUCUUCGUCGUCGUCGACGUCGUUGUGCAGCGGCACCAGUGGCAGCACGUUCUACGACUCGGACGAUUACGGUGACAAAAGAGUUGCAUGCAGUAAUUCUUCGUUCGAUUCUGGUUUGCCAUCCUCGCCCGUACCCGCACCAGAUCCCAUAGACUCGUCGUCAUCGUCGGACGCAGCGACAAAUUCGUACCAGAUUGGCGGCGGUGCUGGAAAUGCGGACGGGGCCGAACGAUCGCUUCGUUCCUACAGUUAUCGGCACCAUUCGAGGCCUAAACGUGUUGUGCCGCCGGCCACCAGCAUACCGCGGUUCCGAAAGUAUGCGGUCGACGACUUUAACUUCUUGAAAGUGCUUGGCAAAGGCAGCUUUGGAAAGGUAUUACUGGCCGAACUCAAAGGUACCGAUUACUAUUAUGCGGUCAAAUGCCUAAAAAAAGACGUGGUGCUCGAGGAUGACGAUGUCGAAUGUACACUUAUCGAACGCAAAGUCCUUGCACUAGGAACAAACCAUCCUUACUUGUGUCAUUUGUUUUGCACCUUUCAGACUGAGUCUCAUUUGUUCUUUGUCAUGGAGUAUCUGAAUGGCGGCGAUUUGAUGUUUCACAUCCAACAGUCAGGACGGUUCGACGAAGGCCGAUCUCGAUUUUACGCAUCUGAAAUAGUGUCAGGUCUCAAGUUCCUGCACAAAAAAGGCAUUGUGUACAGGGAUUUGAAGUUGGACAACAUAUUAUUAGACUUCAACGGUCACGUGCGUAUCGCUGAUUUUGGAAUGUGCAAACUUCAGAUAUACUUGGACAAAACAGCAGAUACAUUUUGUGGCACGCCCGAUUAUAUGGCGCCAGAGAUAAUCAAAGGCCAGAAAUACAAUCAAAGUGUAGACUGGUGGUCUUUUGGCAUUCUGCUGUACGAGAUGUUGGUUGGCAAAUCGCCAUUCAGUGGUUGUGAUGAGGACGCCCUGUUUUGGUCUAUAUGCAACGAACAACCUCAGUACCCAAGAUACCUGUCGGUCGAUUCUAAAUCUAUUCUGGUAGCUUUACUAGAUAAAGAUGCUGCUAAACGAUUGGGGUCUUUGGAAGCAAACCAUUCGGCUGAGGAUGUGAUCAGACAUCCAUUUUUCAGUUCAAUGGACUGGUGUAAAUUGGAGAGAAGAGAGUUAGAACCUCCAUACAUGCCUAGAGUUUAUCAUCCUUUGGAUACUCAUUAUUUUGACAAGCACUUCACAAAAGAGAAACCGAGACUGACACCUGUAGAUAAAACCAUACUUCAGUCGAUGGAUCAGUCUCAAUUUGAUGGGUUUACCUACACCAAUCCAAAUGUCACAGAUUCAUGAGUCAUUGAGCAACUCAUUUUUUUGUAUAAAUAUAACCACAUCUUAUAAUUUUUGUAUUUGAUAAAUUCUUAUUCUUAUUUUUAUUAAAAUUUUUUUUUGUGUAUAACUAAGCUCAGUCAGUACAAAUAAGAUUGUUAGAAAAUGUUUAAAAUGUGAUACGUAAACAUAAUAAUAUUAUCACAACUUUUUAAUUUGUA